UAGAUCAUCUUAGAGGAUCCAGGACUCCAAAAAUGUUUCCUCUGAAGGAUGCUGAGAUGGGCGCCUUUACCUUCUUUGCCUCUGCUCUUCCACAUGAUGUUUGUGGAAGCAAUGGACUUCCUCUCACACCAAAUUCCAUCAAAAUUUUAGGUCGCUUCCAAAUCCUUAAGACUAUCACCCAUCCCAGACUGUGCCAAUAUGUGGAUAUUUCUAGGGGAAAGCAUGAGAGACUGGUGGUGGUGGCGGAGCACUGUGAGCGGAGUUUGGAAGACCUUCUACGAGAAAGGAAACCCGUGAGUUAUUCAACAAUUUUGUGCAUAGCAUAUGAGGUACUUGAGGGCUUACAGUACUUGAACAAGCAUGGCAUAGUACACCGGGCCUUGUCUCCUCAUAAUAUCCUGUUGGAUCGGAAGGGUCAUAUUAAACUGGCUAAAUUUGGACUUUAUCACAUGACAGCCCAUGGUGAUGAUGUCGAUUUCCCAAUAGGGUAUCCCUCAUAUCUGGCACCUGAGGUAAUUGCACAAGGAAUUUUCAAAACUACUGAUCAUAUGCCAAGUGAAAAACCAUUGCCUUCUGGCCCCAAAUCAGAUGUAUGGUCUCUUGGGAUAAUUUUAUUUGAGCUUUGUGUGGGGAGAAAAUUGUUUCAGAGCUUGGAUAUUUCUGAAAGACUAAAAUUUUUGCUUACUUUGGGCUGUGUAGAUGAUACUAUAAUAGUUCUGGCUGAGGAGCAUGGGUGUCUGGACAUUAUCAAGGAGCUUCCUGAAAGUGUGAUAAAUAUUUUGAAGAAGUGCCUCACCUUCCAUCCUUCUAAGAGGCCAACCCCAGAUGAGUUAAUGAAGGACCAGGUGUUCAGUGAAGUGUCACCUUUAUACACCCCCUUUAUCAAACCUGCCAGUCUCUUUUCAUCUUCGCUGAGAUGCGCUGAUUUAACUCUGCCUGAGGAUAUCAGUGACUUGAGUAAAGGUAAAGAUGAGGAGAGCAUAGGUGAUAUAGACAAUGAUUACCUGGCGGAGAGAUCUAUUGAGGAAGUUUACUACCUUUGGUGUUUGGCUGGAGGAGACCUGGAGAAGGAGCUUAUAAACAAGGAAAUUAUUCGAUCCAAACCACCUAUCUGCACACUCCCGAAUUUUCUUUUUGAAGAUGGAGAAAGUUUUGGACAAGGUCGAGAUAGAAGCUCACUCUUAGAUGAUACCACUGUCACAUUGUCUUUGUGCCAGCUAAGAAAUAGAUUAAAAGAUGUUGGUGGAGAAGCAUUUUACCCAUUGCUUGAAGAUGACCAGUCAAAUUUACCACAUUCAAACAGCAACAAUGAGUUGUCUGCAGCUGCUACCCUGCCUUUAAUCAUCAGAGAGAGGGAUACAGAGUAUCAACUAAACAGAAUUAUUCUCUUUGACAGGCUGUUGAAGGCUUACCCAUACAAAAAAAAUCAAAUCUGGAAAGAAGCAAGAGUUGACAUCCCUCCACUUAUGAGGGGUUUAACCUGGGCUGCUCUUCUGGGAGUUGAGGGAGCUAUUCAUGCCAAGUAUGACGCCAUUGAUAAAGACACUCCAAUUCCCACAGAUAGACAAAUUGAAGUGGAUAUUCCUCGCUGCCAUCAGUAUGACGAGCUGUUGUCAUCACCAGAAGGCCAUGCAAAGUUCCGGCGUGUACUGAAAGCUUGGGUAGUCUCUCAUCCUGAUCUUGUGUACUGGCAAGGUCUCGACUCACUCUGUGCUCCAUUCCUGUAUCUAAAUUUCAACAAUGAAGCUUUGGCGUAUGCAUGCAUGUCUGCUUUUAUUCCCAAAUACCUGUAUAACUUCUUUUUGAAAGACAACUCACAUGUAAUACAAGAGUACCUGACUGUGUUCUCCCAGAUGAUCGCCUUCCAUGAUCCAGAGCUGAGUAAUCACCUCAACGAGAUUGGCUUCAUUCCCGAUCUCUACGCCAUUCCUUGGUUUCUCACCAUGUUUACUCAUGUAUUUCCACUGCACAAAAUUUUCCACCUCUGGGAUACAUUACUGCUCGGAAAUUCCUCUUUCCCAUUCUGCAUUGGAGUAGCCAUCCUCCAGCAGCUGCGGGACCGUCUUUUGGCUAAUGGCUUCAAUGAAUGCAUCCUUCUCUUCUCUGACUUACCAGAAAUUGACAUUGAACGCUGCGUACGUGAGUCGGUUAACCUGUUUUGCUGGACUCCUAAAAGUGCUACAUACAGACAGCAUGCUCAGCCUCCAAAGCCAGCCUCUGAGAGCAGUGCAAUCCGAAGCUCAGCGCCUUACUUCUCUGCUGAGUGUACAGAUCCUCCAAAGACAGACCUGUCAAGAGAAUCCAUCCCUUUAAGUGAUCUGAAAUCAGAAGUGUCACCCCGGAUUUCAGCAGAGGACCUGAUCGAUUUGUGUGAGCUCACAGUGACAGGCCACUUCAAAACCCCCACCAAGAAAACCAAGUCCAGUAAACCAAAGCUCCUGGUGGUCGACAUCCGAAACAGUGAGGACUUUCUUCGUGGUCACAUUGCAGGCAGCAUCAACAUCCCGUUCAGCGCAGCUUUCACGGCAGAAGGAGAGCUCAGUCAGGGCCCUUACACCACCAUGCUGCACGGCUUCAAGGGGAAGGUCAUUGUGAUUGUGGGCCACGUGGCUAAGCAAACAGCCGAGUUUGCAGCUCAUCUUGUGAAGAUGAAAUAUCCGAGAGUCUGCAUUCUAGAUGGUGGCAUUAACAAGAUCAGGCCAACAGGCCUCCUCACGGUUCCUUCUCCUCAGAUAUGAAAGACAUGGUGCCAUCACCCCCUCACAGCCCAUCACACUGAGACACAAGUGGACAUCCAGACCACUGCAUUGCGAAGUUUUGUCAUGAGAUACUUUUGUAAAUCAUGUGACUCAAACGGUCACCUAACAUGGCAAGAAAUUUAAUAGUUCAUGUAUUGCUGAAAGAUUUUCUUAAUAAUGAAGUCUGAUCAUGAAAAUUUUCCACACUGCACAUAAAGCCAGAGGAAUUCAGCUGACAGGGCAAAUUUAGCACUAUCCAGAAUCCAAGUGAACUGAGGAAGCUGCCAUCGCUACACUGAGCACACUGUCCUAACAAAGAUGUGUAGAAAAUAUGAUGUAUUUCUCUACCUCUUCCUGAUGGCAGAAAUUAGAAAGCUAGUCACAGUGAAUGUGGCAUUUGGUAACUCACAAAUGCACAGGUGUGCAUGUGUUUAGUCUACUGUGAAAAGUGGUAGCAGCAUUCUCAGAGAAUGGAACUUCAGAGACCAGCCACAUUUGACAGCAUAUUUGUCCACUUCCUAUAGCAGGAAACUCAAAGAAUGACUCAAACAGCUUUUCUGAUCCAACAUGCUCAAGUCUUCCUGGAGGGAGACUACUUCCUUACCCACACAGAGCAGACUUCUGCUGCUUUACCACAGAACAGUUUCUUCUUGUGAAUAAACUCCUUAGACUGUGGCAGCAUGCAUGGGCCUAAGCCAGGUGGUGUCGAAGUGCUGAGAGGGGAAACGGACACAAGCCCUGUCCCUCACCAAGAAGCUAUCUCCAGUUGAUAACCAAUCACAAAGAAAAAUUAGUUUCUCCAAAGGAGUCUCACUUAAGGAUGCAAACCACACAGAGUCAGGCCCCAUGCCCAGCAGUAGAUGGCUAACAUAGUAUGAACAAUUAUAUUUUUAGAGAUUUUUUUUUUGUCUGUUACUGUUUUUGUUUGGUAUUUUUUAACCUUUAUUUUUUUCUUAUAUGGUAUUGUUUUUUUGUUUGUUUUUUUGUUUGUUUGUUGGUUGGUUGGUUGGUUGGUUUUUUCGAGACAGGGUUUCUCUGUGUAGCCCUGGCUGUCCUGGAACUAACUCUGUAGACCAGGCUGGCCUCGAACUCAGAAAUCCGCCUGCCUCUGCCCUCCCAAGUGCUGGGAUUAAAGGUGUGCGCCACCACCGCCUGGCUGGUAUUGUUUUUAAUACUGUGUUUUCAUUGGUUUUAUUUGUAUGUAUAUGCAUAUAUGUCUAUUUCUUUGUGCUGUUUAUGUUUGUUUGUAUUAUUCUGGUUUGUUUUCUAAAUAAUUAAAAAGAAAGCAUAGAUUUGGAAGGGUGGGAAAGAUCUAGGAGACAAUUAGGUAGGGGAAACUGUGAUCAAAGUAUAUUGAAUGAAAAAUUAUUUUCAAUUAAAGGCUCCUCAGCACCCUCCAUUAUAUCUGCAAUCUAGAAGGAAAGAGAUGAAAGAGGGAAGGCAGAAAUAGGAAGAAAUAAGAACCUAAGCGGGGAACAGAACAAAGAGGCAUCUCCUUUCCUUCCCUUCAAAGACACAGGUUGACCUGGCACACUCUGUCCACUGCCAUAAUGGUGGCCAGCCUGGAUGCACAUGGCAGCACCCAGGGAAUGAUGAGGGAUGCUGAGAUUGCAGCCUCUGGCUAAAAGCCAUCUGCCCAGCUCCAAAAGCCUGACUACAGUGUGAGGAGAAGAAGAAAACAUGUACUGAGAGCCAGCAGCAGCCUCUGCCCCAGUAUUUGAAAAAUUAGGUCCUGAGUUCUACUGAAUCUAAAAAACGACAAUUGUGUGAGACCACAAUUAUGGAAUUAGAAAUACUAAGGCAUUUCAUCAUUUGUAAGAGGAACUUUUUUUUUUUAGAUUUCUGAAAUGGGAACAUAUAAUUAUUGAAAUAUGUAUUUCAAUGUUGUUUUAAAAGUGUUCACUCUUUUCGUAACUUCUGUUCUUUGUCAGUGUGAAGACUGUCUACUCUGAACAUUUGUACAAGAACCUCAGGCUUCUGGGCCAUGAUUUCAUUCUGCUACUGUUGCUAUCUUUAUUUUAUUUGCAUCUGUUUUUAAUUUUGUGAGUACCUACGUGUGUGUACAGGUACCUGUGCCUAUGGUCAUCUACUUAUUCUCCAAGUUUUUUUGGUAUUUGGGGGUUGGGGGUAGCUGUAGACUAGAAUGUUAAUUAGCUCAGCAGUAGGCCUGGGGUCCUCCUGUAUUCAACCUUCAGCCCUAGUAUUAUACACACCACCACCAUGCCCAACUAUUUUGUUAGGUUGUGGGCAUCUGAACUCAGGUAUUCAUACUUGAAAGGCAAGUGCCGUAUGCACUGAGCCGUCUCCUCAGCUUGCAUCUAUGUAAAACUAUACUUUGCAAACCAUAAAAUUCACCUUUUUAUUCUA